GUGAAUUUAAUGAGAGCAGGAUUCGUUACAAUUCUCAUUUAUUUCAGAGUAGUUCUUUCCAUGUUAUUUUCAUGGAUUAUUUUUGCUUCCAGGGAUUUGUUAAAUUGUUUAAAUUUUCGAAAAUUUCACUUAUUAGUUCAUAAAUGAAAAUUCGGCCUAAUAUAAUUUUCAUUUCGUAACUUCGAACACUUCGAAUAUCAAAAUUUCACGAUCACAAAAACUUGGACAACUUCACAUUAUUGAAAACAACAAAAAUGGCGUUCACUCUUUGGACGUUGUUCGAAGCGACACUUUUAUGUUUAAAUGCCAUUUGUGUGCUUCACGAAGAGAGAUUUCUUGUCAAAAUUGGUUGGGGAGCUCAGCAAAAUAUACAAGGUUUUGGGGAGCCUCCGUCUGUCAAAUCACAAGUGUUGAAUCUUGUACGAUCCAUUAGAACGGUUGCACGAUUUCCAUUGAUAUUUCUCAACAUUCUGACGAUAAUAGUGAAAUUGGUACUGGGAUGAAAGAAAAAUCUAUUCAAAUUGUGGACCGAAUGUACAUAUAAACCUGUAUGAUAAAAUAAAUUUUUGCUAAUUUUUUGAAUAAGAAGGAAAAGAGCAUAAAAAUCUUGUUGAAAUGUUCCA